CCUGCAGGCAGCAUUCCGGGUGGAGAGAGUGAGAGAAAGAGAGGCGGACAUAGGAGAGAUUUAAGGCCGAAGUGAGGAUAUUUACCCCGGGAGACGCGGGCUGGCUGUGAGGACGAGCUGCGGAGGUUAUGGGCAGCCCCGUUCAGAUUUGGGGACAGGUCAUGGAGCUCUAAGCUAGCACUCUCCAUCCAUCUCCAUCUGCUGCCAGAAGCGCCUCUUCCAGCCUGCUGCUGUGGUUUGGCUCCAACUCCUCUAAGAGAAGAAGAGGGAGGAGUAAACUUCCCCCAGCUGCUGUGCAGACACACACAUGCUGCAUUGCUGCCAUUCCCCAAGCCCUAUUCCAUCUAUCCCGGGGGCACGGCCAUUAGCUUGCUAGCAGGCUAGCACUUGGCACAGAAAGAAGGCCUGUCCUGAGGGACCAAACACAAGCAGACUGUACCUUUUGUCCUCACUUUUCAGGUCAUACCCACCAAGUGGAACUCCUUUUGUCCAGCUGUCACUCCCGCUGCUCUGAGCAGUGGAGGAUUGCUAGCGAUCAGUCAAUCAUAGAGCCGGGCAGACUGAGAAAGCCAGAGGGCGUGUUUACCAGACACCAGAAUGAUGGAGCCUAGCAUGGAAAACUGUCUAGCCCUGGUCCUGCAGAAGGACAUGGGCCGAAGGCUGCAGGUUGGCCAGGAGAUCAUUGAUUACAUUCUGGACAAGGAAAAGUCCCAUGACUUGGAGCAGGACCAGACAGCGCUGGACAAGAUGGUCGAUGGCAUCGCCAGCUCCUGGGUCAACUCCAGCAACUUCAAGGUGGCGCUGCUCGGCCUGGACCUCUUAUCUGCCUUAGUGACAAGGUUACAGGAGCGAUUUAGAGCCCAGGUGGGAACAGUUCUGCCCAGCCUUAUUGAUCGAUUGGGAGAUGCCAAAGAUCAGGUGCGAGAAACAGACCAAACGUUGCUGCUAAAGAUCAUGGAACAAGCCGCCAAUCCGCAGUACGUGUGGGACCGAAUGCUGGGAGGUUUCAAGCAUAAAAACAACCGGACCAGAGAAGGAGUGUGCCUUUGUCUCAUCGCCACGCUGAACACAUAUGGAGCCCAAGGCCUGACUCUCAGUAAAAUUGUUCCUCAUAUAUGUAACCUUCUGGGGGACCCCACUAGUCAGGUCCGUGAUGGAGCCAUGAGCUCCCUGGUGGAGAUCUACAGACAUGUGGGUGAGAGGGUGAGGCUGGAUCUCAGCAAGAAGGGCCUGCCACAGUCACGCUUGAAUGUAAUCUUCAGCAAAUUCGAUGAAGUCCAAAGAUCCGGGAACAUGAUCUCAUCUUCUGGUUCAGAUAAGAACUUUGAGGAUGAGGAUUCUGUGGACGGAGGCCGGUCCUCCUCCUCCUCCUCCAAAGCACCACCCAGUGGCAGGAGGACUGUAGUGAGCUCUGUCAGAAGACCCAGCUCAGCCACCACGCCAAAGCCCACGGGUAAAGAAGCUGCUGCUGGUGCUGUUGAUGAAGAGGAUUUCAUUAAAGCCUUUGAAGACGUGCCCUCGGUCCAGAUCUACUCCAACAGAGAGUUCGAGGACCAGCUGACCAAGAUCAGAGAAGUGCUGUCUGAUGACAAACAUGACUGGGAGCACCGAGUGGUUGCGCUGAAGAAGGUCCGUUCCCUCAUGUUGGCGGGGGCCACUGAUUAUGAAGGUUUCCCUCAGCAGCUUCGACUUCUUGAGGCUUCCUUGAAGCUGUCAGCUAAAGACCUGCGCUCCCAGGUGGUCCGAGAGGCCUGCAUCACACUGGGACAUUUGUCAUCGAUUCUCGGUAACAAGUUUGACCACGCCGCAGAGAGCGUCAUGCCGACCCUGCUGAACCUCGUGCCCAACAGUGCCAAAGUCAUGGCCACGUCCGGGAUGGCCGCCAUCCGUCUCAUCCUCAGGCACACACAUUACCCACGGCUCAUCCCCAUCAUCACCAGUAACUGCACCUCCAAAUCAGUCGCAGUCAGACGACGCUGUUAUGAGUUUCUCGACCUCAUGCUGCAGGAGUGGCACACCAAUACACUGGAAAGGCACGUGGCAGUUCUCACUGAGACCAUCAAGAAAGGAAUCCACGAUGCCGACUCUGAAGCCAGAUCCAUCGCCAGAAAGUGCUACUGGGGCUUUCACGGUCACUACAGCCGGGAGGCAGAACAUCUUUUCCAGGCGCUGGAGGCCACCUAUCAGAAGGCCCUCCAGUCUCACCUGAAGAGCUCAGACAGCAUCGUGUCUCUGCCCCAGUCAGAUCGGUCCUCGUCGUCUUCGCAGGAGAGUCUGAACCGGCCACUGUCUGUGAAGAGCGUGAUUGGAGGGAGCAUGACGAGGAGUAAGCUUGUGGGAUCCAGGGUGCCGUCCACUCCAGGAUCCCUCCAACGCUCCCGCAGUGACAUUGACGUAAACGCUGCCUCCAGUGCCAAGUCUCGUCUGUCCACUGUUCCCGCCUCCUCGCCGUUCAGCUCUGCAGCCGCUCUUCCACCAGGAUCCUACGCCUCUUUAGAUGGCACUCCUGGUAAAAGCGAUGGUCGCGUUCGCACAAGGAGACAGAGCUCAGGCAGCGUUGGCGGAGCCAGCUCUUCUUCAGUGGUGGACAGCAGGGGGCGAAGUCGGGCCAAAGUGGUCUCACAGUCCCAGCGAUCAAGAUCAGCCAAUCCCAUCAGUGCCGGCAGUCGCUCCAGCUCUCCGGGUAAGCUACUCGGCCACAGCAGCUACGGACGGAUCCCUCGAGCCACGGCAUCAGCCUCCACCACUCCAGUGGACAAGCGCAGCAGGAUCCCUCGCAGCCAGGGCUGCAGCCGGGAAACCAGCCCCAGCCGAUUAGGCCUCGCCAGCCUGUGUGGUAAACCUCUUCUUCCUGCUGCUCUCCCCUACCGCACGCUAGCCCGGAGCCGCAUUCCCCGUCCCAGCAUGAGUCAAGGUUGCAGUCGCGACACCAGUCGUGAGAGCAGCCGUGACACCAGCCCCGCUCGGGGCUUCACUCCUCUGGACCGGUACGGUUUGGUGCAUCAAGCGAGAAUUUCUGCGUCUGUUAAUGCCAUGAGGGUCCUAAACACCGGCACAGAGGUGGAGGCAGCAGUCGCUGAUGCUCUGCUUUUAGGAGACUCCAGGAAUAAGAGGAAGACAUUGAGGCGGAGGUACGAAUCCCCGGGGAUGUACUCUGACGACGAUGCCAACAGUGACGCAUCUAGUGCAUGCUCAGAGCGCUCGUAUGGGUCACGAAACGGAGGAAUCCCACAUUACUUGCGCCAGACGGAGGAUGUGGCUGAGGUCCUGAACCACUGUGCCAGUUCCAACUGGUCUGAGAGGAAGGAGGGCCUGCUGGGCCUGCAGAACCUCCUGAAGAGCCAAAGAAUACUGAGUCGUGUGGAGCUGAAGAGACUUUGUGAGAUCUUCACACGGAUGUUUGCAGAUCCUCACAGCAAGAGAGUCUUCAGCAUGUUCCUUGAAACUCUCGUGGACUUCGUCACAGUACACAGGGAGGACCUGCAGGACUGGCUCUUUGUCCUGCUCACCCAGCUGCUGAAGAAGAUGGGCGCAGACCUGCUUGGCUCAGUCCAGGCCAAAGUCCAGAAAGCCCUGGAUGUCACAAGGGAGUCCUUCCCAUUUGACCAGCAGUUCAACAUUCUGAUGAGGUUUAUUGUGGAUCAGACUCAGACUCCAAACCUCAAGGUGAAAGUGGCCAUUUUAAAGUACAUCGAGUCCCUGGCACGGCAGAUGGAUCCCACAGACUUUGUCAACUCCAGCGAGACUCGGCUCGCGGUGUCUCGCAUCAUCACCUGGACCACUGAACCAAAAAGUUCAGAUGUGAGGAAGACCCUUCAUAACUGGGUGAGCGAGGAGCUAGCAGGCAGGUCCAGCACUGCAGCCUUACUGCAGUCAACUGAGGGCAACCAGGAAGAAAGGUGUAAGCAGGCGGCACAGGUGGUGCUGAUUGCUUUGUUUGAGCUCAACACCCCAGAGUUCACCAUGCUGCUGGGAGCACUGCCCAAAACCUUCCAGGACGGCGCCACCAAACUGCUGCACAAUCACCUGAAGAACACGAGCAACACCAGCAGCAAUGUGGGCUCUCCGAGUAACACUAUUGGCCGAAUGCCGGCUCGUCACACACCCAGCAGGACCAGCCCUCUCACCUCACCGACAAACUGCUCCCAUGGUGGACUCUCUCCAAGCAUGAUGGAGUACGACACGGAGAACAUGAACUCGGACGAGAUCUACAGCUCGCUGCGUGGCGUCACUGAAGCCAUCCAGAGCUUCUCCUACCGGAGCCAGGAGGAUCUGAACGAGCCUAUUAGACGGGAGGCAAAGAGGGAUGACGCAGCAGGGAGAGAAGGAGUAGCUUCCUCUCCUGGGUCUGAUGCCCGGCUCGGCUUAGACGUGGUGGAAGGAGGUCGCACUGCCUUGGACAACAAAACUUCGCUGCUCAAUACGCCAUCACCGCGCUCCUUCUCUGGGCCGCGGACUCGAGAAUUUGCCCCAUACGGCUUCGGAGAAACCAUUUGCACGUACGACAAGAGCGCCCUGAAGGAGGCCGUGUUCGACGAUGAUGUGGAGCAGUUCAGAGACUGCCGACGUCAGGAAAGCGGCGAAAACAAGAUGGCGCUCCCCAAGGUCUUUGCUCCUGCAGUCGGGCAGGAUCACUCGGACCUGGUGGCCGAUCUUUUGAAGGAGCUGUCCAAUCACAACGAGCGCUCAGAGGAGCGUAAAGGCGCCCUGGUGGAGCUGCUGAAGAUCACACGGGAAGACAGCAUGGCUGUGUGGGACGAACAUUUCAAAACCAUCCUCCUCCUCCUGCUGGAGACCCUGGGUGAUAAAGAUCACACCAUUCGAGCUCUGGCUCUGCGAGUGCUGAAGGAAAUUCUGAGGAAUCAGCCUGCUCGCUUUAAAAACUAUGCCGAGCUGACCAUCAUGAAGACGCUGGAGGCGCACAAAGACUCUCACAAGGAGGUUGUGCGUGCAGCCGAGGAGGCGGCGGCGACGCUGGCCGGCUCCAUUCACCCAGAGCAGUGCAUCAAGGUGCUGUGCCCCAUAGUGCAGACGGCCGACUACCCCAUCAACCUGGCAGCCAUCAAGAUGCAAACCAAAGUCAUUGAACGCAUCGCCAAGGAAUCAUUGCUGCAGCUGCUGCCCGACAUCAUCCCCGGACUCCUGCAGGGCUAUGACAACACAGAGAGCAGCGUUCGCAAGGCCAGUGUGUUCUGUUUGGUGGCUAUCUACUCUGUGAUUGGUGAGGAGCUCAAACCCCACCUGGCACAGCUUACGGGAAGCAAGAUGAAGUUACUGAACCUGUACAUCAAGCGUGCUCAGACGACAAACAGCAAUAGCAGCAGUUCCUCAGAUGUCUCCUCUCACAGUUAAUGGAGGUGAUUUCAUCCAUUCCAAGACUCCAGAUCAGACUUCUCUGUCUUUGAGCAUCACCCUCCUCAUCACGGCUCUGCAGCUCAUCCUCUCGACCCAUUUUGUUCCUUCGUGUCAUCCGCCUCCGCUCUGGAAACAUCUGAAUGUGACUGCUGUCCUGGUUUCAAGUUGGUGGGGAAGGAGUGGACACAUUUGGAUUUUUGGAUUUAAGAAAUGGCGCUUUGUCCUCCUCCUGUAUUCCCACCAUCUCCACAUCAGCUCCAAUCUGUUUCUCCUUCAUCCCUUCUGCUUUUAGAUUUGUUUCUAUAAGCGUAAAAUAUUCACAUCAAAGAAAUGUUGCUGUUAGAUCAUCUUCAGUUUGGGAUGAAAUGUCAUUUGGCUGGCCCAGUGAUGGCAACAAGCCCAUAAAGUGUGCGGUGAAUUCUGUUAAGGGCAUGAAGACCAAAUAUUGCAAGGAGGGAAAAAAAUGAGAUAUGGACAGAAACACAAAAAGAGGAAGUCCCGUGUGAGCAUUUUUGUCCAAGGAUCAUAUUUGACUGUAAUUUCUUUUUCUUAAUGUGCUCGUUUCUCUUUAGGAGUGGCUUAAAACCCAAACUGUCAUUAUUACAAAACAGAUCUCGUCUCUAAACUGAACGACAAUCCUUCACAUUUCGUGCAGGUCUUUUAACAGAGAAAACAAACCACAGUCGCCACAUGGAGUGGAAGCUAAGCCUGUUAAAAGCCGUAACGUUUGUGUCGUUUUUACUUCCUGCUUCCAUUUGUGUCUGAACGCUCACUUUGUCUUACAGGAAGUCCUUUGUAAAUACAGCAGAUGAGGAGUCGGGGGAGAACAGGCCUUACGUUUGUGGACUGCAGAGAGUGAACGGGAUGUACGGCACCGUCACUCUCGGCUCUUUAAAAAAAAGAAAGAAAAACAAAAACAAAAAAAUGUGAAUCUACAGGAGAAGCGUCCCCAGCGGGCCGCGGCGCUCUCAGACUUGUGACCGUGCAAACACAGUAUUACUCGUUUCCUCUUUCACAGCUUCUGCAAUAACCACAAAGAAAUCAAAGGUGUUUUGUACAUACACUUUCUGACCGCUGCUUCACAGAAAAGCAGACUUUUUAUGUUUUUUUGGCUUGCAUGAACCUGCGGCACGCGUCAACUCAGCGCUGCGCGGAGAGCCCGGAGCUUCUUCGGCUGUUAAAGUGCACUUUUAACAUCAUGAGAUCACUCGACUCUGAGGAGGCGCUCGUACGGAAAAGGUACACACUCUGUGUUUAAUUUAUUCUGCUGUAAAGUUUUAAGUGGUGGAUUCCUGCUGUGAAGCACUUCAUCAAUUCCCUGAUUGGGAAGAAGUUUCUCAGUCUGAUCAGCUUUUAAUUAUUGGACCUGAUUUGGUUUUGAUGGUCAGUUGAUCUGCUGUAGUUUUUUUCUUUAUAAUACUCUGAAUAAUGAAUAAUAAUGCUGAUUCCUGAUUUGUCGAAAUCCGCUGAGAAUGGUCCAACUCUGCUUCUUUAAGGAAAUGAAUGUACAGAAACAACACGGUGAAUUUGCUGGUACUCAAAAGGAUUUGACUUUUUCUUUCUCAGCGUCCUUCAGCACGCUCAUUUAAUCAGCUGAGUUUUUACUGCAAAAGCAAACCUGCAAACUGGUGAAAACCCACCAAUCUUCUCGCCUCUGUCCUCUCGUUGCUGGAUCUAAAACAGACGCGACCGCGUUCCUUACAGACUGUUCACUAUGCAUGUUCAGCAGUCUUUCUUUGGCUUCACGUGCUCAUGUAAUAUUCACACCUGUAUUUAUAUAUUUUAUUUGAUCUUAUUGUAUUUAGUUCUGUCAUGAUGAACUGUACAGAAGGUUUUUUGUUUUGUUUUUUAUGUUAACAUCAAUGUGUGAUCAGUUUGCAGCGAUGUAAAGAAACUGUUUGCUGUAGAAAUAAAAAGACCGAGAACUGAU